CCAGUCGCUUGCACACAGUCUUUGGCAGCUUGCGCCGUAGUAGGUAAAUUAACAAGAUGGAUUUCUCCCAACUACCCAAAAUUCAUGAUGAAGAUCAGGAAAGUGAAUUUGGCUACGUAUAUGGAGUCUCAGGACCUGUGGUCACUGCCUGUAACAUGUCCGGUGCAGCUAUGUAUGAACUGGUAAGAGUGGGCCAUAGUGAACUGGUGGGAGAGAUUAUUCGGUUGGAAGGUGAGAUGGCCACUAUCCAGGUGUAUGAAGAAACCUCUGGUGUAUCUGUUGGUGAUCCAGUACUCCAGACUGGCAAACCCCUCUCUGUGGAGCUAGGUCCUGGCAUAAUGGAAGCCAUUUUUGAUGGCAUUCAGAGACCUUUGUCGGACAUCAGCCAUCAGACUCAAAGCAUUUACAUUCCCAGAGGAGUCAACGUAUCUGCUCUUAGCAGAGAUAUCAAAUGGGAUUUUAUACCUUAUAAAAACCUUCGGGUUGGCAGUCAUAUCACUGGUGGUGAUAUUUAUGGAUUAGUAAAUGAGAACUCCCUCAUCAAACACAAACUUAUGCUGCCACCCCAUAACCGAGGUACAGUGACAUACAUUGCCCCACCUGGCAACUAUAAUACCUCAGAUGUUGUCUUGGAACUUGAAUUUGAGGGAGUAAAAGAGAAGUUCACCAUGGUCCAAGGGUGGCCUGUCCGUCAAGUCCGUCCUGUCACUGAGAAGCUGCCUGCCAAUCACCCUCUGUUAACUGGCCAGCGAGUACUUGAUGCCCUUUUCCCAUGUGUACAAAGAAGAACUACCGCUAUCCCUGGUGCUUUUGGCUGUGGAAAAACUGUGAUAUCACAGUCUUUAUCCAAGUAUUCAAACAGUGAUGUGAUCAUCUAUGUGGGUUGUGGAGAAAGAGGAAAUGAAAUGUCUGAAGUACUCAGAGACUUCCCAGAGUUAACAAUGGAAGUUGAUGGGAAGUUAGAGUCUAUAAUGAAGAGAACAGCUUUGGUGGCUAACACCUCCAACAUGCCUGUCACUGCUAGAGAAGCUUCUAUUUACACUGGAAUUACUCUGUCUGAAUACUUCCAUGACAUGGGCUACAAUGUCAGUAUGAUGGCUGAUUCUACAUCUCGAUGGGCAGAAGCCUGUAGAGAAAUUUCCGGUCGCUUAGCUGAAAUGCCUGCUGACAGUGGUUAUCCUGCAUAUCUUGGUGCCCGUUUAGCCUCUUUUUAUGAGCGAGCUGGCCGAGUAAAAUGUCUUGGAAACCCAGAAAGAGAAGGCAGCGUCAGCAUUGUAGGAGCUGUUUCUCCCCCUGGUUGUGAUUUCUCUGAUCCUGUCACAUCUGCCACUCUUGGUAUUGUCCAGGUGUUCUGGGGCUUAGAUAAGAAACUAGCUCAGCGUAAGCACUUCCCUUCAGUAAACUGGCUGAUCAGCUACAGCAAGUAUAUGCGUGCCUUGGAUGAGUACUAUGACAAGCAUUUUACAGAGUUUGUUCCUCUGAGGACCAAGGCUAAGGAGAUCCUGCAGGAAGAAUAGGAUCUGGCAAAGAUUGUACAGUUUGUGGGCAAGGCUUCUUUAGCAGAAACAGAUAAAAUUACCCUGGAGGUAGCAAAACUUAUCAAAGAUGACUUCCUGCAGCAAAAUGGAUAUACUCCUUAUAACAGGUUCUGCCCAUUCUACAAGACUGUAGGCAUGCUCUCCAAUAUGAUUGCGUUUUAUGAUAUGGCACGCAGAGCUAUUGAAACAACUGCCCAGAGUGAUAAUAAAAUCACAUGGUCCAUUAUCCAAGAACAGAAGGGAGAUAUUCUCUAUAAACUGUCCUCAAUGAAAUUCAAGGAUCCAGUAAAAGAUGGUGAAGCCAAGAUCAAGGCUGACUAUGCUCAACUUCUUGAAGAUAUGCAGAAUGCAUUCCGAAGUCUGGAAGACUAGAACUGUGAUUUCUUCUCUUCUCCUCUCCCUCGACCAGCUCACGUGUUCUUAUCUCUUUAAAUUCUAUAUCCCUUCCCCUUUGC